CUCUCUCUCUCUCUCACACACACACACACACACACACAAACGCACACACGACAUAUACAGAGCUAUCUGCUCGAUUUUGCUAACGUGGGGUGGGCCGUGACACCCAUAACCGCUAACUUUCUUCGUAUGAAGAUUCUAAGGUUAUCUUUCGUGCACCCACUUUCUCUUCUUUGCUUGAAGAAUCUCUCUCGAUCUAUUACCCCCUCUGUGAAUAAUUGAUAACUAUCCCUAUCAGAGAUUCCCCAUUUUUUUUACUUUCUCAAAAAACACAAGCUUUAUUAGUAGUAAUGAUGCCGUUGUUACUCCUAUCUCUCUGCUACCUUUCUUUUUUCUUUCUUACAGGACGCUAUCUCUCUCAUAGUCCUUUUCGUUUACGCCUUUGCUUUUUCGCCUUCUUUAAACUCGGUGGCAAUUCUAUACAUAAGUCCCUAAAGUCCACCAGUUAUGUCUUCUUCUUCUUCUGCUUACGAGAAGAGAUCUUGGUUUAUGAGAUGGCUGAGUAAGUUUUUUAAAGGUGGUUCUAGUAACCGGGGGCAGGCGGGUGGUACACAUCAUCGUCCUCCACAGUUUAUUGGAGACGAAAACAUGGUUUUACGCGCUCCUGUUAGAUCAUUGCAGGACAAUCGCUCGAGAACUGAUAAAGAGAAGGAAGAAUUAGAUCAAGCAAUUUCAAUUUCUUUGGCUGAAGGUUUAAAGAAACCAAUUGGAUUUGGGUGGCGACCUAACAAUGAGGAUGACCAUUCUAAAGCAGUUCAAGACGACCCUCAUUCUUCAUAUCCUCCUUAUAUUCCUCGAGAAUAUCAGCCAACGGGAUAUAGAGUAUGCGGUGGUUGUAACCGCGACAUUGGUUACGGAAAUUACUUAGGAUGCAUGGGUGCCUUUUUUCACCCCGAAUGCUUUCGUUGUCGUGGUUGCCGUUACCCGAUCACGGAACACGAGUUCUCUUUAUCAGGCAAAGAUGCAUACCAUAAGACUUGUUUUAAAGAUUUGACACAUCCCAAGUGUGAAGUCUGCUUGCAAUUUAUUCCCACAAAUGGAGCUGGGUUGAUCGAGUAUCGAUGCCAUCCAUUCUGGUCACAGAAAUAUUGUCCUGUACACGAGCAUGAUAACACAGCACGGUGCUGUAGUUGUGAACGAUUAGAGUCGGUGAAUACAAGAUACGUAUCUUUAGGAGAUGGACGGAGUUUAUGUUUGGAUUGCAUGGAAUCCGCAAUAAUGGACACGGGUGACUGCCAACCGCUAUACCACACUAUUAGAGACUACUAUGAAGGAAUGAACAUGAAACUUGAUCAACAAAUUCCCAUGUUACUUGUUGAAAAACAAGCGCUUAACGAAGCUAUUGUUGGAGAGAAACAAGGCUUUCAUCACAUGCCUGAGACACGGGGUCUUUGCCUCUCUGAGGAACAGACGGUUGCGAGUAUACAGAAAAAGCCGAAAAUGGGUGGCCACGGGUUGAUAGGAAUGAGAACCCAACCUCAGAAAUUGACUCGAAGAUGUGAAGUUACAGCCAUUCUUGUUCUUUACGGUCUCCCGAGAUUACUAACGGGUGCCGUUCUUGCUCAUGAGUUGAUGCACAGCUGGUUACGCCUUAAAGGCUAUCGAAACCUAAAUCCUGAGGUGGAAGAAGGUAUAUGUCAGGUGCUUUCACAUAUGUGGCUUGAAUCAGAGAUCACGCCGUGUUUGGGAUCAAGUUCCACCUCGGCAGCACCGUCAUCAUCGUCUUCGGCUUCAAAGAAAGGUGGAAAAUCAAGAGUAGAGAAUAAACUUGGCGAGUUCUUCAUGCAUCAGAUAGCUAAUGACACUUCAGCAGCAUAUGGAGGAGGAUUUCGAGCCGCUAAUGCAGCUGUGAAUAUGUAUGGCCUGCGACGUACACUUGAUCACAUUCGCCUAACCGGAAGCUUUCCCAUGUGAUUGUUUAUUGUUUUUGUGUCAUGCGAUCAGGAAUUGACCGUUUGUGCAAACAUUAUUACAUAUACAAACUCGGGAUGAUCCUUCAAAAAAUCCUGAAAUAGUAUUUGACCAUUUGUACAAACUAUAUUAUACGAAGGUCAAACGAAUAUUACAUAUAUGAAUUUUCUUUAAUGUAA